CCAGCAGUAGACAGAUCAAAGUCAGGGAUUCCUAAACUGGGAAUUAUAGCCAGCUGUAGCAUACCAGUAGAGCCUUCCAGGCACCGCAAAUACUUGCAGCUUCAGAGAAUCAGUUUGCAAAAUCCUAACUGGACAAGCUCAUCUCCCGGUUCCAUCUGGAUUGUGGCAUAAAUACAAAAGAGAACAGAAAUCCCUGCUGAGUUCAAGUAACUUCAAACAGGGAAACUGCAGAGGAUGGUAGAUACACCCAUCUAUUCCAGAACCAUGGGAGGCUUCAAGACAGUUUUAGCUUAAUCUGCUGCUUAGGAUGUAUAUCAGAGGGUUAAGAAUAUCAAGUAUCCCUUUCUCAAAUAGGAGUAUCUGUUGGAAGACAGGUAGAUCACAGCUAUCAGUGUGAGUAGAAGGAACAGGCUUUACAGAAGGAAAACCCCUGCUGAGGGGCAUAAAUGCCCGUUAUGACUACCACUGCUAAUUGCCUGGAUUUUUCUUCUGAGCAGUUAGCUUUUUGUGAAGCAUGUGACUCUUGCAUGUGAAUUAAAUUAAUUUCUCAAGAGAAACUUUCAUAAAGGGCUAAAUCAACAAGGUCUACACAUACAGAAAUUUCUUACUUCUGCUACAUUUGAGACACAACUAAACUCGUCUGUCUGGAAAUCUGAAGACUUUUAUAGCAAAACCUCCAGUGUCAAAAUGAACACAGAUAGCGGUGGGUGUGCUCGCAAACGUGCUGCAAUGUCUGUCACAUUAACAGCUGUGAAGAGAGUUCAGAGUUCUCCAAACCUAUUGGCCUCAGUAUUGGAUAUUUCUUUUUCAGGGUCUGAUUCUCAGUCUCCAGAUUCAGCUUGGAGAUCUUACAAUAAUGGAAGUAGAGAGACACUGAAUGGAGACGCUAGCAGUUCAUCUCUUUCAGCAAAAGGUUUUAGGAGUGUGCGGCCAAAUCUGCAGGAUAAAAAAUCACCAACUCAGCUUGGAAACCAGAAAGUAACUGCCCCUGUGAUGGAGGCUCAGAUCACAGUGAAUGGGAAUUCUGGCACUGCUGCCAGCCCAGUGAGUCACUUUCAAAGGCCUUUUUCCCCUUCUUCAGCUUACCCUCCACCAGCUUCGCUCAAUUCCAACAUUGUUAUCAUGCAGCAUGGCAGGAUGAUGGAGUCCACAGAGACAUACUCACAGCAUGUUCAGAAUGUUGGCAGCAGCACCACCACCAGUACAAUACCAAUCUGUAGAACCUCAGAAGAAGAAAAAAAAAUUACAGUAAUUAAAGCUCCACAUUAUGCAGGGAUUGGCCCGGUAGAUGAAUCUGGAAUCCCUACAGCAAUUAGAACGACAGUUGACAGGCCAAAGGAUUGGUACAAGACAAUGUUCAAGCAAAUCCAUAUGGUUCAUAAACCUGAUGACGACGCAGACUUUUAUAAUACUGCAUAUGCAUACGGUACUGGUAGCUACAGUCCAUCCUUCUCUGCUCAGGCACAUCCAGCUGCAAAGACACAGACGUACAGACCCUUGUCUAAAAGCGCUUCUGACAGUAGCUCCGAUGCCUUUAAGGUCUCGUCCCCUUUACCACCCCCACACGUGCCACCUCCAGUACCACCACAUCGUCUGAGGCAAAGGUCUACACCAGAAAAAAAUGACUGGGAUCCUCCUGACAGAAAGGUAGAUACUCGCAAGUUCCGUUCUGAACCAAGAAGUAUUUUUGAAUAUGAGCCAGGAAAGUCAUCAAUCCUUGAACAUGAAAGACCGACUGAUCGCAUAAACCCUGAUGACAUAGAUUUAGAAAACGAACCCUGGUAUAAAUUCUUUUCAGAACUGGAGUUUGGACGUCCGCCACCUAAAAAGAUUUUGGACUAUUUUCAAGAGAGUUCUUCUGGUGUUUCCAAUGAGGCUUCCUUAUAUCAUCACUAUUCAACAGACAGAGGCCUGGACAGGCCCUGUAGUUCUGCAAGUACUGCGAGUGACUUCAGAAAGCGAAGGAAGUCAGAACCUGCUGUAAGUCAUCAGAGGGCACACAGUGAUCAGAAUGCAAACAGAUCUAACCUGGGCCGUACAGACAUACAAGGCCCAUGUACCACCCUUAGAAAGCCUUUAACUAGCUCGUCUCCUUCUUCCCCGUCAAGAGCAAAAGGUGGGGAUAUUAGCAAAGUAUAUCCAUCCCUUUUAAGUUAUUCAGUGCACAACCACAACACCUCAAAUGAAUUAGAUUACUGUAGCACUUACAGGCAACAUUUAGCUGUUCCAAAUGAUUCAAGAAGGGCAAUUAGCUACAAGAAUGGCUGGCAAAUGACUCGCCAAAAUGCAGAAGUCUGGAGCAGCACAGAAGAAAAUGCUUCUCCAAAGAGAAAAUCUCGUAGCUGUGAUGAUCUGUUAACAGAUGAUCGUGAUAGCUUUCCUGAUGCACAGGCCAAGGCUGAAAGCAUGGGCUCUCUGUUAUGUGAGGAGGAUUCCAAAGAAAUUUGCUCAAUGAACUGGAACUCCCCAUAUGUUGAGGGCCGUGGUAGUGGUAGGUCGAGAGUUCGUCACAGAUCUGCACACGACGCUCCAGGUUUCCUGAAAAUGUACAAAAAGAUGCAUCGCAUCAAUCGCAAGGACUUAAUGAAUUCUGAGGUGAUUUGUUCUGUGAAGUCCAGAAUACUACAGUAUGAAAAAGAACAGCACAAAGGUAUUCUUCAAGGCUGGAGAGAGUCUUCUACUGAAGAGGUGCCCAGAGACAUGGUGCCAACCAGAAUAUCUGAAUUUGAAAAGUUAAUUCAGAAGUCAAAAUCAAUGCCGAACCUUGGUGAUGAAAUGUUGUCAACUGCUACAUUAGAGCCUCCUAAAAAUGGCUUGUGUCCAAAGAGGCGAUUUUCUAUCGAGUCCUUGCUGGAAGAAGAAACUCCAGUCAGACAUCCCUCUCAGGUACAACAGAGCUACAAGUCUAAAACCCUGGUGCCAAUUCAUAUUGAAGUGACCAGUGAUGAGCCACAACGAUCACAUAUAGAUUUUUCAGACAGUGAUCAAGACGGAGUGGUUUCUGAUCUCAGUGACUUUAUCCAGAUAGAGGGUUCAUCCUUUUGUAGUGAAAGUGACUUUGAUCACUUUUCCUUCACAUCAUCUGAAAGCUUUUAUGGAUCAGGCCAUCACCACCACCACCAUCACCACCACCACAGGCAUCUCAUUAGCUCCUGCAAAGGGCGAUGCCCAGCAUCCUACACUCGCUUCACUACCAUGCUAAAACAUGAAAGGGCUAAGCAAGAAACCACUGAAGAUCCAAGGAGACAGGAAGCAGAAUCUGGCCUCUCUAAGAUAGCAUUCCUGGUCAGUCCAGUGCCUUUCCGGAGGAAAAAAAGUGCAGCUCCUAAAAAACAAACCGAAAAGAAAAAAUGCAAGUCAUCUGUAUUUGAAGCACUAGAUUCUGCACUUAAAGACAUCUGUGACCAAAUUAAGGCUGAAAAAAGACGGGGAAGCUUGCCCGACAACAGUAUAUUACACAGACUUAUUACUGAGCUGCUUCCAGACAUUCCAGAAAGGAAUUCAUCUCUUAAAGCUCUGAAAAAGAGUCCCAUGCACCAGCCUUUUCAUCCACUGCCUCAAGAUGGUGCUAUCCAUUGUCCACUGUACCAGAAUGAUUGUGGAAGAUUACCUCUUAGUGCCUCUUUUCCAGACAUGGAUGCAACUAAUAACAACGAUAGUGCACUGUGUUUCCAAGUAGACCAGGAGUCUCCUGGAAGCUAUUCUUCUGCUUUCACUGAUGUGGGCCGAUUUACUCCAAGGGAGAGAAGAGGAACUACAGACAAAGAGAAACUGCCAGCUAGAGCUGUAUAUGACUUUAAAGCUCAGACUUCUAAAGAGCUGUCCUUUAAGAAAGGAGAUACUGUCUAUAUCCUCAGGAAAAUUGAUCAAAACUGGUAUGAGGGUGAGCACCAUGGAAGAGUUGGAAUAUUCCCUAUUUCUUAUGUUGAGAAACUUUCUCCUCCAGAAAAAGCACAGCCUGCCAGGCCACCUCCCCCUGCACAGAUUGGAGAGAUUGGAGAAGCUGUUGCCAAAUACAAUUUCAGUGCAGACACAAAUGUGGAGUUAUCACUUAAAAAGGGAGACAGAGUAAUUCUUCUCAAGCGAGUUGAUCAAAACUGGUAUGAAGGUAAAAUACCAGGAACCAACAGACAAGGCAUCUUCCCUGUUUCCUAUGUAGAAGUCAUCAAAAAGAAUGCAUCAAAAAGUGUUGAUGACUAUCCUGAUCCUCCGAUCCCCCAAAGCUAUUCUAGUGACAGAAUACACCAUUUAAGUUCAACUAAGUUGCCUUCCCAAGCACUGUCCUCACUUUCCAGACAACUUUCCUCCUCUUGGUCACACAUUGAUCAAAAGAUUCUCCAGGCUGCCACUAGUGACUUGUUUUCAAGGACUGUUGGUGUUUCGCCUUCAAGCACAUGCAACUUAACUUCUCCAUCAGUUCCAGACAGUUUUCUUUGUGACUUAGAAGAACUCAAUUCUUUGGCAUUGUCAACCUCUCAAACUGUAGCAAUAUCCCCAGGUAACAGCAUUCACCAAGUUAAGGAUGGUCAUGUUAUUCCAAAUACAGAAGUGUCUCUCAGCUCUUCUACAGCUCUUCCUCUGUCCUUUCUUGUGUCUACCUCUGUAUCAUCUUCAGCCAGCUCAUCUCAUGACAUAGCAUAUAAGCAUGUCAGCAACAAUACCAAAUCAGGAAAAGAUAAAGACUUGAGAGGUAUAAUUGACCCUUUAGUUAUUGAAGUACCUAGAGACUUGUUAGAUACUACAAGAGAAGGUGAACAUGUUGGCGCUAUCUGUAACAUCCCUUCACCAUAUGAAGGUGGUUCCAUGUCCAGAGUGCUAGCUACAAAUGCUGAAAAUGAAGAGGAAAUCUUUACUGCAGAUCUGUCACUUAAUAUAAGGGAUCAGUCAAAGCCUCAAGAAUCAGAUUUCUACGGAGGAGAACAAGACACAACAGAAGAACUGACAAGACUCUAUAUAGAGGAGGAUCUGGUACAUGACAGUUUAGAAUUCCCAGUAGCAAGUGGAGGAGGCUCUAUGGAUUAUUAUGAAGGAUACAAUUCACCAAAUAUUGAUAAGCCAGCUCUACUUUUUGUGGGAACAUCAGAAGACUCUGAUCCUCCUUUCCACCUUUCUUCUAAUCUUCCACUUCACUCUACCAAGGCACCUACUUUCCACUCUGUUCCUACAACAUACCUGUCUAUUGCUUCCCUCCCACCUCCCCUCCUCUCUAAACCGUUACAUCAGCAGGAGAAAGACUCACCACAAUUAAAGGUAACUGCACCUCUUGAUUAUGGAUUGUUGCAAAUCUUCAUGUAUAUUAAAUAACUGCAAGGCUAACACUGAGUUUGAUCUUUUCAAAUGUACUGUUUUGUUUACUAAUAUUAAAUAACAUAACACAUGGAGUGUUAACAUAAGCCUUCUUCAAAUGAAACAAGGUAAAACUGUAACUAUUAUGAUACAAUGAAAUGGCUUAAGGAGAUACCGCUGACAGGGAAGCAGAAAGACUCAACUCAAUUUCUAGUCAAUACCAGGACAACAGAGUAACUCAUUUAAUUGAACAGAACAGAAUUGUAUUCAAGUAUGCAGAAACUCGGUAACAUUUGUGUUUGUGUUUUCAAUUUCAAGGCAGUGCCUGGAAGAACAGUCAUAAAUUUCACAGUAAAGCAUCUCUGCAGAGUCAUGUUCUAAAUACCAAUUCUGUUAGUCAAGGACUGGACAAAGAUUAUUCCCUCUUCAGGAUUACAGUUUGUGUCAGCAUUGCAGCUCUGUGGCAGAAAUAUGAAAACUGAAGAGUCGCUCUAGGUAGACAAAGUUAAUUUCCAGUGCUGACUUCCAGGGAAUUCAUUUGCUCAUGAAAAGAGGAAAACAUCAUGCAAAAAGAAACUAUCCUAGAAGGCUGAUCAUUACAUCUAUGGCAGAAAUCCUGCCUUUUUUUUUUUUUUUACUCUGUCCUGUCUUACAACGUGCAUUCACAGAAAACACAGACAUAAUGGACUUGUGGAAAUCUUAAGAUCCACCAGAUCUGUUGGGAUUUUUUGGAUAUAGGGAAGAGACAUAAGGCUUCUUUCCUGGGCAUGAAUCUGUCAUGGGCUUAAGUACAUUCCGCCUCAAAGAAAGAGUAAAACAGAGUACUGCACUUGUUUUUGCAACUUUUAAUAAUUUAUCAGUUGCCGCAGUGCUUUUGAUGCUUUUGCUUAGCCUAAGGAGCAAAAUUCAGAAAAUUCCUCACCUACAUUGAAAUUCUUUUUAGGUGACCCUCAUAUUCUUUGCUCUUGUUUGAGCAAGGUAUGUUAAUCCCAGCUGAAAAUAAACAGAAGGAAUAUCUGUUUUGAAAGUUAAAAUAUCUACCCCAGGGAACCUCCUAGGCAGUGUAUUGCUCUUAAAUGGACAAGGCAGGAGGCAAGACAUUAAUUAACCAAGGGGGAUGAUUCCAUCUUACAGACAUAAGAGCCCGAGUACCCAGAAGAACGGAAGGUCUGGGGUCUUGUUAGAGAGUUCUCAGUCUUAAUUAUUGUUUUCAAACGAUUUCGAAUCUGGAUUAUUUUUUAAAUCUCAGGAACAGAUUCCUUUAUAAACUUAAUCAGUAUAUACUUACCUAUUUGAAAAUUUUCAAAAUUAUUAGAUGCACUCUUACCAAUGACAGCAGAUUUUUUUGUACAGUAUUUCUAAAAUGAGAUAAAUCUUUUCCUCCCAAGGGUAGGCAAACUUUUUUCAGCAGUCAACACUGACUACAUCGCCGAGAUAGAGAGUUGGAUUAAAAUAAGUGGAAGCAGGUUUUGGCUGGCAUCAUUUCUUGCUGCUUAGUCGCCAGGCUGGGCUUGAGAAGACAGGACAGUUCCUAUCCUCUUCUCUUUAUGCAUGUUGCCCAUCAUUAAGGUCUGCUCUCUACUGACACAGCAGAAAGACCACGAGAUAUUUUGAGGACUCAAAUUUCAUAAGUGAAGGGAGGUUCUUCAGAGAGUUCUUGAAGCUGUAUACUGAUACUUUUGUAAUUUUUGUUGUUGAUGUAAAAAUGCAUGCGUAUACAUACGUAUAUGUGUGUACAUAAAUAUAUUUAGAAUGUGGCUCAAAUCUAAAGCAUGACCAGGGAUUUGGACAGUGGAAUACAAGGAGCUAUGGGUGGGAAAUGUCACUUUGCACCAUGUUGGUGGGAGGGUGUCCUCCAAAAGAAGAAUUCUGAAAACAUGUCCCAAGGAGAAAUGCUGACAUUUUUCUAGCUCCUUGGUCUCUCUUGGUAUCCUUUUUUGUUGUUAUUGUUGUUGCUGGAAUUGUUAUUCACGCCUCUCCUAAGAGGAGGCUGUUUUUCUAUCUUGUCACACUCUACUGACAGUCACAAAUACCAUAGAAGAGGUUUUCAGUAUCAUCACUCCACUCCCCUCACAUUCCCCCCAGCUCACCCCUGCCCCUGAGAAUUCACAUUUGCUGAACACACACCCUUUAAGAACUGAAUUCUGACAAAUAUUUUUCUGAUUUAUAGUGAUGCUAACAAAACAAGGAUAUUUUCUUGAGGUACAUUCCACCAAGUAUUUACUUGCUUUCUCAAUGCAAAUUUAAGGGAAGUGUUCUGUUUGACAGGAAGGAAUUACAACAUUUGUCCUAUACUGUUGAGCUUUUCUGUGUUACCAACUGAGCUGUUUCAGGGGUACACGUGGAAUAACUGUUACAUGUAAGGGCAUGUGCCAGAGCAGCAAAACUUGGAAAAAAGAUACAGUGGCAACAAUAGAAAUACUGUGUACUAAUAGUAGGUAUUUCUACCUGUAACUCAUUGCUUUUUGUUAUCAAGAAAAGCACGUUGGGUUUGCAUGUACGAAUGAAGGAACAAAAAUCCCAUGAUGCUUCAUUCUUAAACUCUCACUUGAC